AUGUUGACUAUGGAGAGGCAUCUCGAACGGCUCUUCAUGGACCUUAUCGAGCCCAAGCCAAUGUCCGGCAACUUCAAAUGGCACUUUGAUUUCGGCCUGAAGAGGUGGGACAGCUCUUUCCGGCAAAUCAAUGCAUCAUCAUGGCUCAUCUUUAACAAGGCAAUUCUGACCCAGCUGCCCCUGGAGGAGACCAAGGAGGAGCCCAACGACUACGUCGACCGCAAAGAGGGCUUCAUCUACCGCAUCCGUGAGCUCGGAGACGAUGAGGCUCGGCCGAAUACAACGACUUCGAUACCUGAUCAAGGUCCCGUGCGACCCCGCCGUGCCGUCUAUCCCGGGCUGUACUUCGAGUACCUCAUCGGCAGUGCAGGAUCCCUCAAGUUUAUGCCGGCCAAGGCAGAUGCCGAGCAUGUCAACCACCAUGCUCGGGAGCACGAGAACAUUGAGUACGCUGCACAGCAGGGACCCAAGCAUUUCCGUAUCCCCCGAGUCAUUUACCACGCCGAGUUUGAGUACAAAUACGCCAUCCUGACUGAGAGAGUAGGCACCUCGGUCUUCGACGAGCCCAUGCCGGCCAAGUUCCUCAAGAGGCUCUUGGGCCAGAUCGCCAAGGCCGUGGGCGAGAUGGCAAAGUGGGAGGCCCCUUUAGUUCAGGGCGUCAAGGGAAAGGAUAUCCAGUGGUGGAUGUUCGAGCAUGUCAUCAGCACCAUCUAUUCCAAUGGUCACCGGGCCUCUGAUCGCGUCCAGGAGUAUCUUGCUGGCAAGGGAUUCAACAUGUCGCCCUGCGGUUUCCUCAACGGCCAUAUUGGGCUGGGCGACGUUGGCCUGGACCAAGACUUCAACCUGGUUGGUUUCAACACCUGGAUGGACUGUGCCUUCGUCCCCAAGGGAUACAUCGCGUCAUAUGUCCUGGACCGCAUCGAUUAUGUCUCCCGACCCGGCGAUCCUCAAUGGGAACUGCCCACACUUCUCGAAGCAAGCCAGCGUCAGGGCUACGCAAGCCUGUUCUUAAACCUAGUCAGCCAAGGUCUCCCCAAUGAGAUCGAGUGCUUUGACAAGGUUCUAAAUGAUGAACAUGCCAUCAGGGCAAGGCACUUGGAGCGUCGGCAGCGCAAGCUCCCCUGGACGAAGGGCUUCAUGUUCCCAGAAAACGAUCCGGACUUUCGCCCCGAGACCUUCCCCAAUUAG